AUGAAUGAUUCUUUCAACAACCUGCAACAGGGACAGCAGCUUUUUUUUAGCAAUGCUACAUCUGGACCUGGCACAGCCAAUUCUGGAGCAGGAACUUCGACAGGAGCAAGCACGUCUGUAUCUGAUCCACAAUCAAGUAAUACUCCUAAUCUCCAUAACAGUAAUUCCACCAACCACGCCAAUUCUGUAUUAAACAACACCAGAGCGUCAACAUCUAGCAACAGUAACCAUCACGUUGAUACUGAUGACCAUACCAAUGGACAUAUGCUGAUGAGGAAUAACCAACUUCGUACAAGUCGACAUGCAAGCAACGAGUCUAUCAACCCAGAAAAUGAACCAAUGGAAAUGAACCCUUCAUCCAACACAUUGACUGGGCAGCCAUCGAGUAGUGACUUCUAUCAAUUGAUUGGCCAGCUUCAGCAACAAAACAAUAUUAAUAACCAGUUAGUGAUGAAGAUAAAUUACCUAUCAGAUUCUGUUGAUGAAGUUAAGCGAAGUCUUCUGGAAAUUCAGCAACUGGUUUAUACGCUACAAAAUGGCGGACAGACAAGCGCAAUGGGAGGACCAUUUGUGGGGAACAUAAACAACCAAUUCAAAGCGUUUGAAGUGUUUACAAAACAUUUAACAAAAUUGAACAAGGAGAUAGAAGCUAUCAACGGUCAAGCACUUGGCGGCGUCCCAUCAGUCGCACAGCAACCACAACUACAAAAUCUGCGACAACACCUUUCACAGCAGCACCAACCACCUCCAUCACAGCCACACGUAAAUCCAGAAUUGCUGUCGCAGAGUCAUAUGAAUGUUACGAAUAACAAUACAAUUUCCCACGAAAACCAUCAUAAUCUACAUCAAAAUCAAAAUCAAAAUCAAAAUCAACUGUCCAACAACCAAGCAUUUGAUGAUGAAGCUGAUCUUGGGAGAAAAAACCUUGGACUGAGAUCUCCAGGGGUAAAUUCAAACUCAACAUCACCCUAUGUAUUUGAGCUUGGUCCUUUUUCAACAGCGCGUAAUCAUUUAAAUGGAAAUAUAAAUUAUGAAAAAUCGCCAAUGAGCCUGGCACAAAUCUCCCACCAACUCAAGCGAUCACAACAAGGUAAACACUCAUUGAUGUCGUCAACGCAACCGCCGCAACAACAAUUACAAACGAUGCCUCAACAUCAAUCACACUUGGCUCAACCAGGCCAAUCACAAAGACCGCCAGUUUUAGCACAACACCCGCAACAACAACAAUUACACGCUAACAGCACCCAGGCUACCCACACUCAGCAAACACCGAAUUCGUAUUCUAACUCAUACAUGCUUCCUGUACCUCCGUUGCUACAUGAUGAUAAAACUGGAGCUCUAACUCAUGGAAAUGACUCGUCAUCGCAGUAUUUGUUAUCUCGUGACAAUAGUGGUCUAUUGACAUCGACAUUGAGGCAGCAAGCUUCGCAUACGAGGUCGAUACCAGCACAAACAAACACUGCAUUUUCUUUUGAUGAUAAUGAUAUUGAACAAAGCAUAGGUGAAUUAGAACAACAAGCAGGAUCGAGCGCUGGAAAUGGACAUAAUGCACCAACUAACAAUGCGGAAGGCAACAACUUACACAAACACCCAUCAAAGAAGCGGAAAAUUGCAUCCGAUAUCAAAUCCGGCGAUAUAGAAGAGACAGAAAUACCUCAAUAUAAAUUGGAAAGAAGUCUCAAACUGAUUGCAGACAUUUGGAAAGAAUAUGCUUACGGCGUCAAUGGGAAACCACCCUUGAAAUCGCUCGAAGCCAAAUAUGGUACAAAGUGGAGGAAUGAAACCGAAUCCCGUACUUUCCUUCGACGUAAAAAGAUUUACGAAGCUAUCGAAGUUGGUAAAAGUAAAGGGUACAGCGAAGACGAUGUUAUACUUGAGUUGGAAGAUUACCGAAGUUUUGAAAAGAAUGGCUCAUUGAAAAAAAGACCAUUACUGUGGAUGAGCUCAAACAUUCCUGCCAAAUUCACGGAACCAGAGGAUGAAUAA